UGGAGGCCAGCGGGCGCGCCGGAAGUGGAGUCGGGCCGCCAGCCCGCGCCGCCGCCGCCGCCAUGCCCAUGAAGGGCCGCUUCCCGGUGCGCCGCACGCUGCAGUACCUGGGCCAGGGCGGCGUGGUGUUCAAGGACGCCGUGAAGGUCAUGACGGUGAACUACAACACGCACGGGGAGCGCGGCGAGGGCGCCAGGAAGUUCGUGUUCUUCAACGUCCCUCAGAUCCAGUACCGGAACCCCUGGGUGCAGAUCAUGCUGUUCAAGAACAUGACGCCCUCGCCCUUCCUGCGCUUCUACCUGGACACGGGCGAGCAGGUGCUGGUGGACGUGGAGGCCAAGAGCAGCGGCGAGAUCGUGGAGCACGUCAGGAAGAUCCUGGGCAAGAGCCAGGCCACCCUGCGCCAGGAGGAGCAGGACCGGCAGCGGCUGUCGCACCCGGCCAACUUCGGGCCCCGCAAGUACUGCCUGCGCGAGUGCAUGUGCCAGGUGGAGGGCCAGGUGCCCUGCCCCGGCCUCGUCCCGCUGCCCAAGGAGAUGAGGGGCAAGUUCCGAGCCUCCCUGGAGGCCCAGGAGUGAGGCCCGCCCCCCCACGCCCUCCCGAGGGGAGAUCGGAGGCCGGCGGCCGAGUCCGGCCAACGUGGAGGCCGAGACCGGGUUCCUUCAUCCGCGGGGACUCUGCGAGUGGCUCCAGGACGGGAGGUCCCUUCUCAAGACCCGCGCGGGGAGGACGGGAGUAGAGGCCCGGCCUCCCCUCUGGGAGUGUCUCCGCUCUGUCAAUCAGUAAAACGCUGUGUCGCUGUC